AUGCAGGGAGCGAAACGCCGUCGAUGCGUGCUGCUGAUGGAUGGAUCUGCUAUCGGAUGCUUCCAGCGCAACGCACUCGAGACGCACAUCAUUGUUCUCGAAGCCUCAGGUCACACGUACUCCUACAUCCACCCCGACGGGACUCGCACUAGACACUUGACGCCAACUGCACUUUCAAGCCAUCGCCCCUUUGUGCUUGACACACUAAAUUUUCGCAACAGACUUUCGCUUCACGCACCGUAUGUGUGUCUGCAGCUUAUGGACACGAGCACUGUACGACGUCAGCAUCGAGUACGAGCACCACGAGCAACUUGGCCAUGUUUUGAGGGAAAGACAAAUGUUUCAAAGCUGUAUAAUGACCAGAAGAAGUGCUUGGAGAUACACUCGAUCGAUGGUUCAGCUAAAGUGCAGCUGCAUCUCAGUGGCAAGCUCGUUGAUAUUUUUUGCGUUUUGGAAGUAAAAAUGUCAGAUGAAGACUUAGACGAGAGCAGUAGCUACGCAUACUACACAACGAUUCAUCAGUCCUUUGCUGUAAAUGAGACGCCAGAAAGCUUCCAGUUUCCAGUAAAAUUUCUUUUGGCAGCAAAAGAUGCUUGGGAUCAAGACCGGAACGCAGAAAUGGAGUAUGACGAUAAGAGCAUUUCAGUAUCACAAUGGCCGAGGAAUGGGGCAUUUGCUGCACGACCAUCGUUCCCGGUCAUUGCCACGCGACUCAAUGACACUGAAUGUAACGAAAGUCGAAGUGAUUGUUUGCCAUUAGUCGAGAUACUGCGUGUUGCUACAAAGCCUUCAAAAUAUAUGUACAAGCGUGUUGUGGCCGAGAUUCUCGGUGAUAACACAAUGGUGUUUAUUGAUCGCAGAAUGUAUAACCUCCAGCCAGAAGUUGUGGUUCAAUUUGAUUGUAAAAGCUCAUUAUUGACAGCAUGUGGUGGCUUUUUCACUUUAUAUGACGAUCGUGGACAAUCUCGGCAUCGCUUCACACGCGAAACAAUUCCACCGCCAACUACAGUCAGCUAUAGCUGCUUAAGUGGUUCAAUCACAUCGCUGUGUCAGCACAUCGAUUAUGUGCUUCAGGCUUUUAAAGACACAGCUCGAAUGCAUAACCUAAGUGCCUUGUCAUCGGCUUUUACGCAAUCUGACGAGAUCGAAAUAAUCGAGGAAGCCAAGAAUGAGCUCGGUCGCUUUCGUGCGUUUCGUGAUGGUCGAAUUCGUGUGGCGUUUGCAGAUCGCACAAUCCUUCAAAUUGAUCCGCAUGGUGAAAAAUGCUCGUUCCUCUUUUCAGACGGCACGUCAGGUCAGACCACACUAGCAUCAGCACCAUUGCGCCAUCGCUACUAUAUCUAUGAGGCACUGGAUUUCGGUGAUUGGGCCUUUUCAUCUAAAGAAGAGCGAAUUCUAAGUCAUGAGAGACGGCAAAAAGCUCAAGCUAUUACUAGUCAUGAGCUCCAACGAAUUCAUGUGCGCUGCGAGAUGAACAGCAAGGUGAAUAUGUCGGUGCAGACACUCAGCACGGAUAAGAAGGAAACACGUGCACCUUGUUCAUUCGACUUAUCGAUUCACGGUGAAGUGCAAAAGAUUCAAGCAGCUACUCAAGCUCAUAUCGCGUCUGUCAAUAUGAGUUUACAAGCAGCAUUUGUGGCAGCCAAGAUUGACACUGAAGGCCAUCAAACCGGUUUGAAUGACGCAAAAUUUGAUCAAAUGGAACUGUCUAUCUCAUAA